AUGGGAAACAGAAAAAUCACAUUAAAAACCAUCAAGAAUAGAGAAGCAAUCCAUCCUUAUUCUCGCAAGGCACAUCAAAUCUCUAGAGUAUACCAGCGUAAAGAGAAAUUGGCUGUCAAGGAGAAGAAUAAGGCCAAUAACCCAUUAGGCGAGAGAUGGUUAUGGUUUAGAUAUGCUUUUGAGGAAGAUAAAUCAGUGGCAACCAAGCCAGAGAUGCAUGAAUUAAUAGAACUCUAUCUUGAACGCCAUGAUGAUGAAAUCAGCGAAUUGGAAAAGGAUAGAAGUAGAGGACACAAAAAGCCAAAGAACGCCCGUCAACAGUUAUUAGAGUCGAUCAAGGCGAGAGAGGCUAGUGAAUAUAUAUCCGGCAUGGAACUACCAGACAUGACAAACGGCAAAACACUCAAAUUACUCAGAGAAUGGGAUGGCGACAAGAACAGUAUGACUCGUAUGACUACAAUUCGAUUGCAAAAGCCUGAUGACACUACUACCAAAGCAGUUCCUGUUGAUAGUAGUAGCAAGAAGGACAAGGACAUGAUGGAAAUGUAA